ACUCAAGCAAUUCUGCACUUAAUCAAAGAAUAUUACUACGAGAUUAUAUCUUUCUGAUCCACGUUACGUUCUUGGUCCGCCAUCUGAUCGGGUUAAUCCCACCAUUGGUGCUUUCAUUGAGAGAUAACUGUGAGAUAAAACUGUGAGAUUAUGGCCGGACGAAGGACGAGACGUAACGCUGCUGCUUCUGCCCAAUCGACGGUGAGGAGUGACAACCCUGAACAGGGCAUGAUCAUUCCUAUCAAUGGGUUGGAGACGACGUUGAAUAAUGUGGCUAACAUGAUGGCCAACAUUAUGGAACGGUUGGAUAAGGCUCUCCCUUGUCCAUCCGGUACCCGGGACAUCCCUACCGGGCAACCCCGCCAGGUCCUGCGUACUGCGAGUUCUCCCAUCCUCCAGGAGCUUCAUGAUCCGGAGGAGGUCGAGAGGGUGAGACAGGCCGUCGCUAGACGUCGGGCGGAAGAGUUGGUCCGGAAUAGUAAGUUGAAUGGAGACUGGGCCAAGGCUGCAAGCCAAGUCGUCGGCAAUGGAAACGGAAACCCGCGGGGAACUGUCUUUGAAAGGAUAUCUCACCAGAAGGCUCACGUUGGUGAGAGGCUGGGGAAGAAUCCGGACAAGGCACCCCAGGGUUGGGUACGACCCCAGGCCAGCCAGGUGGCAUCUUCUAACCGCGAACCCCGACAGCGAAUGAGCCGCGAUGGGAGCCAAGCUCCGGUCCGGUCAUUGGUGGUUCUGGAUGAGGACGAAGUUCAAAGCCAAGUCAGGGUCCCAGCACCACAGCGCCUGGGGCCGCCGGUACCGGAAGCAGGUGAAUUCCAGGAUCUGAGGCAGCAGAUCCAGGAGAUGCAGAGGAAGAUAAACAGGGGACGAACAGUCGAUAGCAAGGUUGCAGAUUGGGUCAACAACAUUCCUGCUGGAUCGAUCCGGACAUGGGAUGAACUGGGAUUGCGGUUCUUGGAGCAUUUUGCCGGGAACUGCCGUCCCAAGAAGCAUUUCACUCAUCUGGCUUCAGUGCGGCAGAAGCACGGAGAAUCCUUGAAGAAUUUCCUUAUCCGAUGGAGAAAAGAGUCCAGGGAGGUUGAAGGAACCGAUGACAAAUCCAGGCUGGCCAUGUUCACGGCGGCAUUACAAGACGGACUCCUUCACACCGAUCUUACAACUCAUCCCCCUGAUACCUUCGAAGAAGAAAUGGUCCGAGCCGGGAGGUAUGUGACCCUGGAGGAGAGAAAGGAGGAGAAGAAAGAGAAGACUCCUAAAGAAGAAGAGAAGGCGGGAAAUAAGAAGCCGUUCAAGAGCAGGAAGCAGGGUUUCCCGGAUGGCCCAAAGGGCACAAGCCCUGGGACCUCGGAGAAGCACAAAUCUGCCAAUCCAGUCUUCACGUUGCCGGUGGCUGAGGUCAUGGCCCAUGCUGCAUAGCAGGGACUCAUGACUUAUCCAACCUAUUCUCAGAAGGUCUGCAAUGUGGAGAACACUGGAAAAUGGUGUGCUUAUCAUCGCAAGAAUGAUCACAACACAGAGGAUUGCUAUACCCUGAAGAAUGAGAUGGUGAGGCUAAUCCUCCGUGGCCAUCUAAAGAAGUUUGUAGAAGAUGGUGACGCGGGAAAUCCCGGGAA